AUGGAGCAUCCUCCAUCCCUGGCAAGAUCACCCGCUGCGUCCGUCCUCCCUGAGGCUGCUCACAACGAAACUAUACCUGGGAAGGGUCCCCAUAUCAAACAUGUUCCUCUGGAGUCAAUAUCCAAGUUGGCGCCCUAUAGCGCCCUCAUCCUCUGCAUCAUCUUUGUCAUCUACUUCCUUUUCCGCUUCUACAUCCUCGAAAGAUUCCUUCUCAGAAAGGUAUACGGCAAGACCUAUACGCGAAUGGACGAAACAACACGGAGAGGCUUUGUCAACCACCACAUCGCAGGAGGCACUAAGGUUGCUAUAUUGAUCUUGGCGGCGUAUCCUUUUAUUUACGUUGUCUUCAUGACUGGUACUCUGCAUUCGCGUUUCGCCGUUUCCAAGCACGUCACCAUGGGAGAUAUACUCAUCAUUGCGGCCCAGGCAUUGGCUGCAAUGUACGUCUUCGAGCUGUUCUACCGACCCAAGAUUUCUCCAGUCAGUGUGGGACAUCACAUCGGAGCGAUCAUGAUUGGACAAUCCGCGAUUGCCAUAUCUCUCAAUCUUAGCAAGGAAAAGGAUGCAACUAUCGAGUUUCUACUCUGCUUGGUAUGGGGCGCCUUCGACAUUAUCUCAGAGUUCCUCCCACAUAUUACCAUCAUUUUCUACCGAGUCUACCCCACCGAUCAUAGGUUCCUGCGCAAGCUAUUCCGAAUGUCGGCCAUAACCACCCUGAUUGGAACGAUCACCGAGACCAUGCUUGUCUUUUUUCUUUGGGGCAGUCUCUGGAACAGGUGGAGUCUCGCGUUCAAGGUCACCACACCAAUACUUCACGUAAUAUUUGCAGCGGCACAGUUGUGGGGAACUUACGUCCUCUACACAAUGCAUAAAAAGCAAUGUUCAAUCAUCGCGAACAAUGAAGGCCAGAAGGAUGAUGUAGAGACAACCGCACAGGCAGAGGGGAAGGAUGUGAGGGUAAGUGAAGUAGAGAGCACGACAAAAACCGAAGAACACAAGGCGGAACGAGGAGAGACACCGAUUGUCUCUCAAUACUCGGCCUCCUUUGACCGCUUCGAAUCGAGCGAUAGCCACGCUAGGCGAUCGAGCGCUGUAUUAAAGUGA